AUGCCUCCGUGCAGCGGAAUCCGGCAGGAGAGCUUCUCCACCUCGCUCCGCGCGAGACACCUUUAUAUCUGUGACUUCCACAAAAACUUAAUUCAGAGUGUGAGAAAUAGAAGGAAGAGAAAAGGCAGUGAUGACGAUGGUGACUCACCAGUGCAAGACAUCGACACUCCCGAGGUUGAUUUAUAUCAGUUACAAGUGAACACACUUCGAAGGUACAAAAGACACUUCAAGCUACAGACCAGACCGGGACUUAACAAAGCACAGCUUGUUGAAAUAAUUGGCUGCCAUUUUAGGACAAUUCCAGUGAAUGAAAAGGACACCUUAGCAUAUUUCAUCUACUCGGUCAAGAAUGACAAGAACAAACCAGAUCUAAAGAUGGAUAGCAGUGUUCAUUAGGCAGGGAAGAUUGGGACUGAAACUCAGGCCACAAAUCAAAAGACUGAGGGUUUUUGUUGAUAUGCAAAAGCUUUCUUUGUAACUUUUUCUCCCCAGAGAGUUUCUCUGUUUUAUUUUUUCAUAACCUUGAUGAUUUGUUUGAGAACCAUCUCUUAUGAAACAAAUUUCCUCACAAACUAUUUUAAAUAAAUAUUACUGAUAUUGUUGCUCAA